AUCUGACUGUCGGAACAAUGGACUCCGCUGUUGUUCGGGCUAUGUAUAUCCGUUACUUCAUGGCGUCCUCUGGUGUGGCGGACAUGACAGCCUUUUAUUAUGACUCAGGGAAGUAGCAACAGGUACUGGAACCUUCGCCAAAGUUUAUGGCCCAUAGUAUUUCUCAGCAUGGUGACAGGCAGCACAGGACCGAGUCAUGCAAUAAAAUAGGUGAUAUGACUCAAACAGAGUUCCUGCAUAGUAUAUAAUGUCUUUGCUGUCUAUUGGGCUAUGUUCAGACAUGUCAUCCGCUGCAGCUCAAACGUCAUUGUGAGAACACACUGAUGUCUGCUAUACAACAGACAUAUCACUUUAAUAUCCUAUUUUGAACGAGCCUUUCGAUAUCACCAGCGAUAUGAACAUGGAUGAUCAAGACCCUCAACCCCCAACAUACACCGCACAUCUGGCCUUUGACCUCCCACCGCCUUAUAUCCCACCUCAUGUCCAAGCUAUCGAGCCAACCCGUGAUUUCAAAGGGGUGUUGGUUGACCAAAUGGACAGAUGGCUCGAGGAGCUGGAUGAUAUAGACUGGACCGUCAGGAAUGCUCAGCCGGUACCCGAAUAUCUCCCAAGACAUCCUGGUACUGAUGGUACAGACCAGGGCCGAGAUAGUGACCUUGACGGCCCGACGUUGGGUCAUGAGCCUGGGAAUGGCUUUAGUCCUGAUGAUAAAGUCAGACAUGACCUUACCCGGAGCCACGACACUGGGCCUGUUGAGAAUGAGAAUGAGCAUUACAAUAAUGACACCAGUGCCUCCGAAGACAUCAGUGACGACGACGGUUGCGAUGAGGAACUGUCUGCGAUUGUGAACAGUGGCUGGGCACGGUUGAGACGGAUCCAGGACCAUAUAGCGUCAUUCAAGCAUUCGCUCUCUGAAGACUCUGAGUGCUACAAUACUGUGCUUUGAUCAAGCCCUGACAUGAUUUAGGACCCUCCGUUCAUGCGCCUUGAUACUGGUCUUGUCUUUAUUCGCGGGUUUAUUUAAGACUGC